CUGACGCAUUCAUGAGAGACGGGAAGGUAAAAUGCCUCCGUGAGAAAAGAGAGAGGGGGGAGUGUGAAAAAUACAUUUAAGCUGUAUGCAUGUGUGUUUUAUAAAGUGGGGAGAGCAGAACUGGAAAGUGUUUUUUUCCCCCUCCCCCCUGAGCUCGGCGACCUUGCGGGACGGGAGCCGUGGCGUGACGGCUCAGCUCCACCCCCACCCCCCCCCCGUGGCGCCGCGGGUGGGAUCCGGGCGAGCGAGCGGCGGCGCCGCAGUCCUGCCGUCCUGUAGCCUGUAGCCUGUGUGCGUGUGCCGGCUGGCUGUCUGGCUGGGUAGGGUAGCCUGGGCGAACAGUGUCCGCGACAGCCGCCGCUGGAAUCGGGGCAGAACCUGCACGUCGAGGCGGGGAGAUGGGGAACCGAGUGGCCCGGGACGACUACGAGUGGGUCUACACGGACCAGCCGCACGCCGACCGCAGGAAGGAGAUCCUGGCGAAGUACCCGGAGAUCAAGUCCCUCAUGGGCCCUGACCCCAGGAUCAAGUGGAUCGUGUGCAUGAUGUUGCUGGUCCAGUUCCUGGCGUUCUACCUGGUCAAAGACCUGGACUGGAAGUGGGUGCUGUUCUGGACUUACGCUUUCGGCAGCUGCAUCAACCACUCCAUGACGCUGGCCAUCCACGAAAUCUCCCACAACACGGCCUUCGGCAACAACCGGGCCAUGUGGAACCGCUGGUUUGCCAUCUUCGCCAACCUGCCCAUUGGCCUCCCUUAUUCUGCCUUCUUCAAGAGGUACCACCUGGACCACCACCGCUACCUGGGCGGCGACGGCAUCGACGUGGACAUCCCCACCGCCUUCGAGGGCUGGUUCUUCUGCACGCGCUUCCGCAAGUUUGUCUGGAUCAUCCUGCAGCCCCUCUUCUACGCCGUCCGCCCGCUCUGCAUCAACCCCAAGCCCGUCAGCCGCCUGGAGAUCAUCAACCUGGCCGUGCAGGUGGCCUUCGACGCAGGCCUGUAUUACCUGUGGGGCAUCAAGCCCCUGGUGUACAUGCUGGCUGGCUCGAUGCUGGGCAUGGGCCUGCACCCCAUCUCCGGCCACUUCAUCGCCGAGCACUACAUGUUCCUCAAGGGCCACGAGACCUACUCCUACUACGGCUCCCUCAACCUGCUCACGUUCAACGUGGGCUACCACAACGAGCACCACGACUUCCCCAGCAUCCCCGGACGCAGGCUGCCUCUGGUGAAGAAGAUUGCAGCUGAGUACUACGAUGACCUGCCACACUACACCUCCUGGGUGAAAGUACUGUAUGAUUUUAUCAUGGAUGACACUCUGAGUCCCUACUCUCGUGUGAAGAGAAAGCUGAAGGGAGAGAUCAAGCAGGAGUGAACUCUUCACUGAAUCCUGAUGCCAUCAAAGCCCCAGACUGCUCUCACCCUGUCCUGCAACAGCAGCAAUGUCUUUUUUUAUGUAUCCUGCUAUAAAUAUGUGUAUAUGUAUACAAAUUCCAGUGUACAUCUUGUUUCCUUUUAGCUUUUCAAAAUGAGACCACAGAAAGGGGUUUCUUUCUUAAAUCCUGAACGGGACUUUCCUCUGUCGGCAAUAUGACAACCAUUCACAAGAAGAGCGAAAGAAUAAUGUCAUGUAUUUGUAUGUAUAUACGUUUUAACUUAAAGAACAGACCAAAUUAUUUGGCAUCGGAUGCUGUUUUUAUCACGGGGUACAAUCCCUUGAGUAAAAAGGGUUGGAAUGGUUUGAGCCAUGUAUUACCCUGUGGCCUAGCCCACAGUCUAAAUCUGCUGUAGGCUCUUGAAAAUAAGAAACAGGUUCUGCGCUUUUAAUUCCUUGUGCAUCUCCUUGUAGUGACAGUGAGUUCUAGGAUCCAGCAUGGACAAGGUGACAGGGGUGGGAGGGGGGGGUCUCCGUAUUGAGCUCCAGAUGUUUAGUUCACUGGAUGGCCAGGAGUGGUAUCUGUGAGGUGAAGGUGAAUUGGGAUUAGACCCCUGUGCUCUGCUUCAGGGAAAGGGAUGGCCUGUUCCAAAACCAUUUUAAAUCUUGAAAAGACAGCUCCUAGUGUAAAUGUUUGUUGUUUUUUUUUUUUUUUUUAAUGGGGGAUAAAAACAUUUAAACUGUUUAAACUAUUCCAUUUCUUAUUUAAGUGUUUAAAAAUGUGCAUUCGCCAGUCUGGGGUUAUCAGGCAUGGUUGAGUGUAGUUUGUGUGCAAGACCAUAUUCUCGUUGCACCUUCGUUGUGACUCAUACAGGUAAAUCUCAGUGCUUUCAUAACCCUCCUAUUUUAGCAAACCAUUUAACUAUGCUCUAAAGAUUUGUCAUCAGAGUAUGAUGCAAUUGGCUUAUUUUACACUAAAAAAACAAAUGUGUUCAAGUACUGCAAAGAUUCAAGUUUUUUUUUUUAAUGCUUCAAAAUCCAGAUUUAGGUUUAGACUUAAAGCUGUCAGGGUGGAUUACUUUCUGAAAACCCAGGAUGGGUUUUUAAACUUGAGAAUUUUUAACUAUUGUAUAGACCUUAUACUUGAUUAGAGAUCUGUAAUGUGGUAGGGUUUUUUUGCUUUGAAAAUGUCAUCAUUAUUAAGAAGUCUUUAACUGCAGUAACCCUGCUGUAGUUGAAGUGCUACAUGCCACCACCAGCAAAGUCUUUUGAGGGUUAUUACAUGUCAAUGCAGUUAGUAUACUUGAAUUUAUAUCUAUAAAGCUUUUGUGCUAAAACUGCAGAUAAAAUAAAUUCCUGUAUCUUGAUAGGCCAAAAACUUUCACUGCACGUGUAGGUGUCAGUACAUGUGCAUUUAGAAUCUGAAAUACCACCAAUUUGAUCUUUACAAGUGUCCUUAACAUUACGAGAGAGAAUGCAGCAAACGUUUUCUGCUUCAAAAUGGCUUCUGUCGCUUUUGUAAUGCGCACUUAGAGUAAUGAAGCUGUAUGUUUUGACCAUAGCAGUAUUACAAGAACUUGAGGGAAAGCAUGUGAAAAGAACAGCUUUUAUUUGAAUGGCUUUGAGGGCUUCACGCCUGGUAGGGAGCUGUGGCGUGCGAGUGAACUCGAUGCUUUCUCUCCAAGUGGCCGCAAUCUCCAUCCUUGGCGUGUCAUACUCUGCGUAUGUAUGCUUUGCUAAAUCUGUUUAAUAAAUUGUAUUAAAAUGUA